AAGAAACCUUGUGAAAUUACCAAUACCAACAACAACCACUUCAUCUCCAACACACAAUUUAUUCUCUAUCCACAGAGAGCAAGAGAGAGAAAUGGAAAACUCCAUUGUCAGAACCCUCGAGUACUACCUAGUCUCCCAUCCUAAAAUCCUCAACUUCACAUGGAACCCUCCUCACACCCCACUCUCAUCUCUACGAUUCCUCUCUCUUUCCAUAGCCUCUUACCUCUCCCUCACUCUCCUUCUCCUCCUCCCUCUCCCCCCUCUCCCACCACGCAUCCUCAAACCCUUCACCGCCUUCCACAACCUCACUCUCUCCAUCCUCUCCCUCACUAUGACUAUCGGCACCUCCCUAACUAUCCUAACCCACACCCCCAACCUCCGCUCCACCAUCUGCUUCCCUCCUAACACCCCUCCCACUGGUCCCCUCUUCUUCUGGGCCUACAUCUUCUACAUCUCCAAAUUCCUAGAAUUCAUAGACACUCUCUUCAUCAUCCUCUCUAGAUCCAUCAAACGUCUCUCCUUCCUCCACGUCUACCAUCACUCCACCGUUCCAAUCAUGUGCUACCUAUGGCUCAACUCCUCUCAAUCACUCUUCCCGAUCGCGCUUCUAACUAACUCCUCCGUCCACGUCAUCAUGUACUCUUACUACUUCCUCACCGCUGUCGGAAUCCGACCGCCGUGGAAACGCGCGGUCACGGAUUGUCAGAUUGUUCAGUUCGUGUUCAGCUUUGCCGUCUCCGGCGUCAUGCUUUAUUAUCAUUUCUACGGCGGUGGAUGCUCCGGGAUGAAGGCUUGGUGCUUCAAUGCUGUUUUCAAUGCUUCACUUUUGGCUCUUUUUCUUAAUUUUCAUAUCAAGAGUUAUGCUAAUUCUAAGAAGAAUCGUAAUACUGAUAAAGAUUCGUGACAGCUAUUUGAUUUAUUCUACAACAUUUUUUGUAGUUAUUGUUAUUUCAUUUUUUCAAUUUUGUUGUUCAACAACUAUAUAUACUAUGUUGAAAAAAUACAUUAUCAGUGUUUCUUGUUUA